UUAGUUUAUUAUAUAUAAGGCGCAGACCAAGAAAGUGUGCAUGUUUUCUGUCUCCCUCUGAUUGUGAAAAGUGGAAAGUGGAAAGAUCAAAGAUGCCGAGCCUGUUCUCCAAACACCUUCAUCUGUGUUUCUUGAAGCCGAAAUACCCCACCAUUCUCUGCCAGCCACCACCUUCCACGGACACGAAGGACUCCGACAGCACAGAGCCAGACUUGGCCUCCGUGUUGGCCUCCCAGCGGUUCUUCUUCUCCUCCCCUGGCACCUCCAACUCCAUCGUAGAGUCCCCCGACAGUCGCAGCUUCUUCAUUCCCACAGGGGGUGGCGUGAGAGUCCCCAAAUACUCUCUCAACCCCUACAAAGACUUCCUCCGCUCCAUGCAGGACAUGGUUCGUUCUCGCCAACUCUUGGACAUCACGCUAGACUCCGAUUACCUCCAUGAACUUCUCCUAUGCUACCUCGCUCUCAAUCCCACACACACCCACAAAUACAUCCUUCGCGCUUUCACCGACCUCCUUCUCCAACUCUUCUCUUCCGCCCCUUCCCGCACUACGUACGAGGUUUGUGUUUCAUCAAAAGGACAGCUUGAGCCAAACCAAGGAGGCGUCUGUAGACUGUAGACUGUAGACUGUAGAGGGACGAAUGCUAGACCUCUUUUUCAUUUUAAUUAAUUACUAUAAUAUAGACUAUAGUGCUGCUUUCUGUUCAUACUUUUAUUUUAUUUUGGAAGAAAAGAGCGUGCUGUGAUUUCUUGGAAUUAUUGUGACGUUGGUGAUGGGGAUAGUGGGUGACAAAGCAGGGUUCGUUUAUUGUCCUUGUGUUUGUUGUUGCUCUUGCUCUCUCUGUGGUCCUUAAUGGUAUUAGGGAUGUUCUGCACACAAAUUCACCAGCACCUUCGUUUUCUUCUGUGUGCUAACGUACAAUGCUGCCCUUUAAUUUGUCUCUUCAAUCCUCCUCAUAACUCAAUAACUAUUCUGUAAAUUUUGGUUCCA